AUGAGGCAGGAUAGAAUGCCAAUAAGGCGUGACUUUGACAGAUCGUACAAGAUCUAUAUUCCUAACCGCGAGGACUGGAAGAGGCAUGAAGUGUUCGCUAUCAGGAAUGGGGACGUCUGGUACACGGAUGGCUCCAAGACUGAUGAAGGCGCCGGUGCCGGGAUCUACGGGUGCCGUAGUGGAGUCAGGGAGACUCUCCCUUUUGGAGAGUUCACCACUGUCUUCCAAUCGGAAGUGGUAGCGAUUAUGGGCUGUGCUCAAACGCUAACCGCAUCAGGUGAGACGGGCAGACGCAUUAGGAUAUGCUCCGAUAGCAAGGCGGCUCUGGGGACGCUGGGGGCAUGCGUCUUUGAUUCGUGGCUGGUCUGGAAGUGCAAAUGUGCUCUGGACAGAUUGUUCACGGGCAACGAUGUUGCUAUCGUAUGGGUUCCGGGACACUCGGGAAUCAGAGGUAAUGAGAUUGCUGAUGAGCUGGCAAGAGGUGGCUCAUCAGCCAGGCUGAUGGGACCGGAACCGGCUCUAGGUUUGCCCAGUUGUAUCUGCAAGACAAAAAUAAAGGGCUGGUUAUGCGACCGUCAUAUCAACUAUCGGAAGGAAGAGACAAGAACCAAGUGCAGGCAGGCGAGGGCCCUGCUGGGAGGGAUGCCCAGCAGGGACCUUGCCAGGAGCAUUACGGCCUUGAGGAGAGGGGAAACCAGGCUGGCGGUGCAGAUCUACACGGGCCAUGGCUUCAUUAACUGCCACAUGCACAAGCUGGGGCACAGUGAUAACCCGAGGUGCAGGAAGUGCGAACACGAGGAAGAAACCUCUCUCCACGUGCUAUGUGAAUGCCCAGCGUAUGCAGGACAAAGGCGGCUUUUUCUGGGCUCGGUAUUUCUCGAGCCCGAGCAGGUAUGUCAACUCCAGGUCAGGGAUCUCCUCCGUUUCUGGAGGAAGACAGGUCUGAUCUGA